GGGUGGGCCGGGUCGGGCCGAGCCGAGCCGGGAUUACCCGCGCCGUUAGGGCAGCACCUGCGGAGGGGUCUCGAAGCGGCGGAGCCCGGUCCCGCAGCCUGGGGCGGGCGGCCCGGAGGGACGAUGCCGGUGAUGAAGGGUCUGCUGGCACCGCAGAACACCUUCCUGGACACCAUCGCCACCCGCUUCGAUGGCACACACAGCAAUUUCAUCCUGGCCAACGCUCAGGUCCGCCGUGGCUUCCCCAUUGUCUACUGCUCUGACGGCUUCUGCGACCUGACCGGCUUUGCCCGCACCGAGGUGAUGCAGAAGAACUGCAGCUGCCGCUUCCUGAGUGGGGCUGAGACCAGCGAGCCCGUCCUGCAGCGCAUUGAGAAGGUGCUGGAGGGCAAGCAGGAGCAGCAGGCAGAGGUCUGCUUCUACAAGAAGGGUGGAGCUGCAUUCUGGUGCCUGCUGGACAUUAUGCCCAUCAAGAACGAGAAGGGGGAGGUGGUGCUCUUCCUCGUCUCCUUCAAGGACAUCACAGAGAGCCGGGGCAAGAGCCAUCCAAGUGACAAAAAGGAGGAGAAGCAGAGGAGCAAGAAACCCGGCAGCUCACACCUGCGGGCGGCACGGCGGCAGGGCCGGACGGUGCUGCACCGGCUCAGCAGCCAGUUUGCACGGCAGGACCGCAGUGAGAUGAAAAUCAAUCGGAAUGUGUUUGAGAACAAGCCCUCCAUCCCCGAGUACAAGGUGGCCUCGGUGCAGAAAGCCCACUUCAUCCUGCUGCACUACAGCAUCUUCAAGGCCCUCUGGGACUGGCUGAUCCUGGUGGCCACUUUUUAUGUGGCUGUCACUGUCCCCUACAACGUCUGCUUCACCAGCACGGAGGACAGCCUCUCGGCCGCACGCAGCACCAUCGUCAGUGACAUCGCGGUGGAGAUGCUCUUCAUCCUGGACAUCAUCCUGAAUUUCCGGACGACGUAUGUGAGCCACUCAGGCCAGGUGGUGUAUGAGCCCCACUCCAUCUGCAUCCAUUACGUGGCCACCUGGUUCUUCGUGGACCUGAUUGCCGCGCUGCCCUUCGACCUGCUCUACAUCUUCAACGUGACUGUGGUGAGAGCGGGGAGAGGGGCUCUAUGGCUGCACAGUGGGGAGCGCCUCCCAACCCAUUCUAUAGCCCACGACCCUCCUGCAGUCAUGGAGAGCGGUGGAGGGUCUCUGCCCCAGGGAGUGGGGGGGGGAGUCCUUCCCAGCCCUUCCUGCAGCUCUGCCAGGUUCACCCUCCUGCCUGCCCCUCAGACCUCGCUGGUGCAUUUGCUGAAGACGGUGCGCCUGCUGCGGCUGCUGCGGCUGCUGCAGAAGUUGGACCGCUACUCGCAGUACAGUGCCAUGGUGCUGACGCUGCUCAUGUCUGUGUUCGCACUGCUGGCCCACUGGAUGGCGUGCAUCUGGUACGUCAUCGGCCGCAAGGAGAUGGAGAGCAACGACCCGCUGACCUGGGACAUCGGCUGGCUGCACGAGCUGGGCAAGAGGCUGGAGGCUCCCUACAUCAACAACUCAGUGGGGGGGCCCUCCAUCCGCAGCGCCUACAUCGCCUCCCUCUACUUCACCCUCAGCAGCCUGACCAGCGUGGGCUUCGGCAACGUCUGCGCCAACACUGAUGCCGAGAAGAUCUUCUCCAUCUGCACCAUGCUCAUUGGGGCGCUGAUGCACGCCGUUGUCUUUGGCAACGUCACGGCCAUCAUCCAGCGCAUGUACUCGCGCCGCUCGCUCUAUCACACCCGCAUGAAGGACCUCAAGGACUUCAUCCGCGUGCACCGCCUGCCCCAGCAGCUCAAGCAGAGGAUGCUGGAGUACUUCCAGACCACCUGGUCGGUGAACAACGGCAUAGAUGCUAACGAGCUGCUGCGUGACUUCCCCGACGAGCUCCGUGCCGACGUGGCCAUGCACCUGAACAAGGACAUCCUGCAGCUGCCCAUCUUUGAGACCGCCAGCCGAGGCUGCUUGCGCUCCCUCUCGCUGCACAUCAAGACGUCGUUCUGUGCGCCGGGCGAGUACCUGCUGCGGCAGGGCGAUGCACUGCAGGCCAACUACUUCGUCUGCUCCGGCUCCCUCGAGGUGCUGAGGGACAGCGUGGUGUUGGCCAUCCUGGGCAAAGGGGAUCUGAUCGGUGCCGACCUGGCCAGCAGGGACCCGGUGAUCAAAACCAACGCGGACGUGAAGGCGCUGACCUACUGCGACCUGCAGUACAUUGGGCUGCGGGGGCUGCGUGAGGUGCUGCAGCUCUACCCCGAGUAUGCCAGCAAGUUCGCAGCGGACAUCCACCAGGACCUCACCUUCAACCUGCGGGAGGGCAGCGAGAUGGAGGGGCUCGGCCGCUUCGCCCGCUCCCCGCGCCUCUCGCAGGCAUCGCAGCCCCGCUCGGACAGCGGCCCCGGCCCGGAGCAGUCCCUCCCCUGCAUCGCGGAGGACGAGGAAGAGGCGGAUGAGGUCUUCCAGCGAUCGCCCCCCGCCGUCGCCCCCCGCGAACCGCUGCUGCCUCCACGUAGCAGCCCCGCGCGGCUCCCCGGCGCUCCUCGCGGAGACGAGCGCGGCAUCCCCACGGCGCGGCCCCGGGGGGAGGCGGGGGGCGGCGGGGGACGGAGGGCGGCUCGGCUCCUCGGCCCCUCCCUGCACGCCCCUGGGCCCCCCGAACUCAGCCCCAGAGCGGUGGACGGGAUCGAAGACGACGGGGGGAUCCGGGAGGUGCGAACCUUCUGCUUCGGCGCGGCCCCUCGGCUGCAGGGAGCGCCCAGGGGCUCCCCGCCACCAGCGACUGCGGAGCGCGGCCCGGCGCUGGCGGCGGAGGUGGAGGCGGCGGAGCGCAGCAUCGUGCGGCUGAGCCGGGAGAUCGCCCACCUCAACCGCGAGGUUUCGCAGCUCGGCCGGGAGCUGCAGCGCGUGCUGGAGCUGCUUCAGGGCCGCCCGCCGCCCCCCGCGUGCCCUCGUCGUCCGCCCGGAGCUUCCUCGCCGCCCCCCCGGCCCCCGCCGGCCCCCACCGCCUCCUGGGGCUCCCCCCCCGCCUGCAGCCGAGGUCCCGCCCGCAGCCGCUCCGUUCCCACCGCCUCCGGCGCCCCGGGGCUGGGCACAGAGGCCCCGCAGCCCGCGCCGCGCCCGUCCCGCCCCGUCCCGCAGUCCCCGACCCCACCGCCCGCGGUGCCGCCCCGUUCCGCCCACUCCUUCCCGGGCUGCUCGGCCCGCGCCCGCCCGCAGCCCCGCUCCGGUUCCGCCAGCGCGCGCUGAGCCGCGGGGGGACGGAGGCACCGGGACCCCUCGACCCCGGAGACGCCUCCAGCACGCGGUGCCGGCCCGGGUUCGCGUCGCUCCCGGCCGCUCUGCACGGAUUUUGAUACCGGUUUUGA